AUGCCCCAACCCUCUCUACCACCUCCAGCCCACCCAGACGUAGACUCUAUGUUGAGCCGAAAAUUCGGCCGUGAAGUGGCCAACUACUUCAGCGGUUCCCCUUUAAACCGCGUUUCCUUCUUGCGUACAAAUCAUGAAUUUAUAUCUCAAGCCUUCGUUCAUCCCAGCACCAAUUUUCUACUCUUGAAUAACCUCGCUCCUCUCACUAAAGAUCCAAGUCAUCUAGCCUAUGCCUCUCACGCCGAAAUAUCCGGUUUAACCGGCUCCAAUCCCUUUGAAAAAACAGAGGCCGAUUUGAUUAAAGAAUUUAAUUCUUCGGUAACAUUACCUCUCGUCUUGUUUUUGGGUUUGGAUGAGAAGAAGAAGGAAGGCUUUAGUCAUGGGAUUUAUAGUGGAGUUCCCUAUUUUGCAAUCGAUGUGACGCCCAAGGGUACAUAUGAGACGGAAGCAAAUAGCGUGGUGGAGGCAAUGAAGGAAAAGGGAUUGCAGUUUCAUAGUGGUAGAUUGGUCAUGACUUUGGAUGCAGAGGAUGCGGCGAUUUUUGCUCAAGCGAGGGCCCUAUUGGAUUGGAAUGCUAGGAAUCCUUUUUGUGGAGGGUGUGGACAACCUACAUUAUCUAUUCAAGCAGGCACUAAACGGGUCUGUCCACCAACAGACUUUGCAUCUCUGCCUACAGCCCAAGCAGGAGUCAACCCUGAGACACCCAACCAAAGAGCACCAUGCGCAACCAGAAAAGGCGUAUCCAAUCUCUGCUUCCCCCGCACUGAUCCCACUGUCAUCACAGCAGUAGUAAGCCACGACGGUAAGCGACUCCUGUUGGGACGAGCAAAAAGCUGGCCAAAAGAUUGGUACAGCGCGCUAGCCGGAUUUUGCGAACCCGCCGAAUCAGUCGAAGAAGCAGUACGUCGAGAAGUCUGGGAAGAAUCCGGUGUGAAACUCGGUCGUGUAGUCAUCCACAGCACGCAACCUUGGCCCUAUCCCGCCAACUUGAUGAUUGGAGCAAUUGCACAGGCAUUACCUGAUGGUGAGCAAAUCCAUCUAGAGCAUGAUCCCGAAUUGGAAGAUGCAAGGUGGUUUUCCAUGGAGGAAAUUAGGGAAGCUUUGGUCAAUGGGACGAGUGCGUUGGGAGAACCACCCAGUCCGGGGUAUAAGGAGGGAAAUUUGAGAUUGGCGCCUUCUACGGCAAUUGCGAUGCAGCUCAUCAAAGCCGUUUCUGAGGGUUUCUUGGGUGAGAGUCCUAAGAUUUGA